AUGGCGGAUCUAGAAGCAGUUUUGGCCGAUGUGUCCUAUUUGAUGGCCAUGGAGAAAAGCAAGAAUACACCGGCGGCCCGAGCGAGCAAGAAAAUCAUUCUCCCGGAUCCAAGUGUGCGGAGUGUGAUGCACAAACAUCUGCAACAGUCGGGCGAAGUCACUUUCGACAAAAUAUUCCCACAGCAUCUUGGUUACCUACUGUUCAAAGACUUCUGCGAGAAUGUCCACGACGAACAAGUCUCGCAGCUCACCUUCUACGAGGAGAUCAAAAACUACGAAAAACUGGAAACAGACGAAGAGCGGAAGUCUUUCGCUCGGGAGAUAUAUGACAACUAUAUUAUGCGGGAAUUGCUCUCGCAUACUCAUACCUAUUCGCUGGAUUCCGUAGCACACGUCCAGAAGAAUAUUAUGAGGAACGAAGUCCCAGUGAAUCUUUUCCAGCCUUAUAUCGAGGAGAUAUUCAAUUCUUUGCGCGGGGACCUUUUCCUUAAAUUCAUCGAAAGCGACAAAUUUACCAGGUAUUGCCAAUGGAAGAAUCUCGAGUUAAACCUCCAGCUCAACAUGAACGACUUCUCAGUUCACCGGAUCAUCGGCCGAGGCGGUUUCGGCGAGGUUUACGGAUGUAGAAAAGCAGACACCGGCAAAAUGUACGCCAUGAAAUGCUUGGACAAGAAACGUAUCAAAAUGAAACAAGGAGAAACGUUGGCUCUGAACGAACGCAUUAUGCUGUCCCUCGUUUCGACCGGAGAAGACUGUCCAUUCAUCGUUUGUAUGACCUAUGCUUUCCAGACUCCCGACAAACUGUGCUUCAUCCUCGAUCUGAUGAACGGCGGCGACCUCCACUAUCAUCUCUCGCAACACGGAGUAUUUACGGAAGGCGAGAUGCGUUUUUACGCCGCCGAGGUGAUACUCGGUCUCGAACACAUGCAUAAACGAUUCGUUGUAUAUCGCGACCUGAAACCAGCGAAUAUUCUCUUGGAUGAAAACGGUCAUGUUCGAAUCUCGGACCUCGGCCUCGCUUGCGACUUCUCCAAAAAGAAGCCGCACGCUAGUGUGGGCACCCACGGUUACAUGGCGCCGGAAGUUUUAUCCAAGGGUACUGCGUACGAUUCAUCCGCCGAUUGGUUUUCCCUCGGCUGCAUGCUGUAUAAACUGUUGAAAGGUCAUAGUCCAUUCCGGCAGCACAAAACGAAGGACAAGCAUGAAAUAGACCGAAUGACCCUAACAAUGAACGUAGAGCUUCCGGAUAGCUUCUCAGCGGAACUGCGCCAUCUCCUAGACGGCCUUCUCCACAGAGAAGUGGACAAACGGCUGGGUUGUCGAGGUCGUGGAGCAGACGAGGUGAAAAGUCAUCCUUUCUUUGCGGGACUCGACUGGCAAUUGGUCUAUCUCCAGAAAUACCCUCCCCCCCUGAUACCACCACGGGGAGAAGUAAAUGCGGCCGACGCGUUCGACAUUGGUUCAUUUGACGAAGAGGAUACGAAAGGCAUCAAGCUGACAGAGGCCGACCAGGAACUGUACAAGAACUUCUCAGUCGUCAUUUCCGAACGUUGGCAACAGGAAAUCGCAGAGACUGUGUUCGAAACUGUGAACCAGGAUGCCGACAAGCGCGAGCACAAGUCUCGGUCGAAAGCCAAGGCCAAGUUCGAUCAAGAGGAGCAAUCCGACUGCAUUCUGCACGGUUACAUCAAGAAACUCGGAGGUCCCUUCGCCUCGAACUGGCAGACCAAAUACGGGAAACUCUACCCGAAUCGUGUGGAGUUACACACGGAGUCUGGUAAACCUGAAUUAAUUUUUAUGGACCAGAUCGAAGAGAUAUGUGCUGACUAUGUCAACGUAAAGGGAGAACACAGCAUCGUUCUCAAAAUGAGGAGCAGAGACGAAAGGGAUAAAGACGCUCGGAUAAUCUUUACGAAUCAAGAUGAGAUCGGUCUCAAGGAGUGGCUCAUUUCUCUCAAACAAACGCAUAAGCACUCACUCCAAAUGCUUCAAACGAUAGCCAAGAAAGCCGGAAAAAUCUACGGGACAGCCAAUGAGCCUGCGAAACAAGCAAACCAACAGUCGCCUGGCCCGACAGUUCACGCACAAGCUGCUCCCCCCGGCGGUGGCGGCCAGAAUUCUCACCGCAACGGUAGUAACUGA